GUUCGUACAUUUUUCAGAGAAGGUUGUAGAGACGCUCCAAGCUGUUUUCUAAAACUUCUAGCGAAAGGACAUUCGACUUCACUACUUAGGUAAAAAUGGCUUCUUCUCACAAUGCACGAGAGUUCCGGGGUAACCAAGGUGAAGACGAAGAUGUUGAUGUGAUAUCCGUGGAGCCCAUUGCCAUGAUAGUGUCGCCGGAGUUACAAGACUCGCCCAGAACCGCCACGUCGGAGAGUAGCGCUAGUUCGAGCACGGGUGGUAGUUCUGGGGACCACCGGCCUUCAACCUCCAGUGAUUCACCCACGGAAGAGACACCCAGUGGUGGUGCUGAAGAGGUCGGGUGCAGUGCACCAGUGAUGAGUGCCGCAGCAGAGGUAGUGGUGUUCGAGGGGUGGGAGAGCAAGGUUCUCAGUGGGAGGCUGGACAACCUUUGCAAGGCCCCAAAAACCCUCCCGGCCAGGCUUCAGGGAUGCCCGCAAAGGCAACGGUCUUCAGGUCGCUCUUCCUGUGCCGUCUGUGUCCCUCCACCAGCGGUACGAGAUGAAUCGGCUGCUCGACCAUGUGAAGCGGGGGGUUUAGUGGAUCUGGAAGCCUUGGUUACCCCAGAUCAGAUCGCACUUCUGGGGUUUGUCGACGUGGCAAACCUUCACGGGGAAGGAGAAAUGAGCAGCAUUUUAGAGAGGCAGCGCCAGCGCGCACAAGGCUCGAGGAACCGGGGGGCUGACUCGGCACAGAGGCCGCGUGUCGAGCAACGAGUAGAGCCUGCGCCCUCAAGCUCAAAAAGGCGCUUGCGAGAGGACUCAGACGCAGAGGAUGACGUCCCCCUCAUCCGGCAGAGGACGAGUACGGGGAACCAGCCCGCUCCAGCCGCUACUGCGCGACCUGCGAACGUGCCUCCAACGCCAGCUUGUGAGGUCACCCAGCCAACGCCUGCCUCGUCGUUUGUAGCGGGGCCACGAAUUGCGUACCCAGAUGGCUUCAAUUAUGUAAGAACUGAUUGCCAUGCUGCCAUGCUGCAGGGUAUGCAGAAUUUCGUGCCCCCUGCAGACCGGCAACGUGCCAAGGGGCACGUUCAGCAGCAUGGGGGACAUGCUGCUCUAAUCAAGCUUAUGGAUGCGUUCAGCUACACUAUCGCGCUCUUUGAUUUGGCUGACGAGGUCAGUUGUUUGCAAAGCUCGGAGAUGGCGAACCGAGCAGCGUCAGCCGAAAGCCCAGCUGAUGAGUUGGCUCGCAAGGUCAGCGAGCUGAGGGAGGAGCUUGACAGAGCUCGGGCAGAAAAGGAAAGCGGCAUUCAAGCUGCGAAGGAGGAGGCCGGCCGUGCAGAGGACCGGGCCAAAAAGGUAGAAGCUGAGAGGGAACAGACUCUGCACGAGCUAAUGGCUUCAGCCAACACCACCACGGACAUUUUCAAUGAAGUUCGUGGACGGGUGCUAAGGGUCCGGGCUGACUUCUCCAUUGGCGAGCUGGCCUUCUUCGAGGGUGAGGAGAUCGAUAAUGAAGGGAAGAGCCUCGCCCUUCCAGCUAACACCAGGGUGAGGCUGAAAUGGGAACUUAAUGAGGAGAGGUUGCCCGUGUGGCCCCCCUCUGUCAUUGAAGAGGGGGAGGACACAGAGGGGUUGCCAAGCUUUGAUGCUUGGGUGGCAGACCCGCAUGAUGUGCCUGCUAAGCCUUCCAGCACUCCUCCCUCUGCUCUGCCUCAGCUCGCACCAGCUGCUGCUCCUGCUUUCUCUCCUCCAGAUCGGUCAUCUCCAGCUCGAUCUGCUGCUGCACCUAACGAUGCAUCCAUCCCCGUCGACCUGACGGAUGAUUAGCUUAGGACUUUUUGCUUUGCUUUUUGUAUUUUUAUGUUAAUCAACCACAUGUAAAAGAACAUUCAUGAAAUACAACUCCAACGUUUUCUUUUGAAAUCGCUGUGUAUUGUUCUUUACAUUGCCUUUUACAUUUGAUUGUGAGUAACUUGAACUAAGAUAACAAUAUUGAAAUGCUAAUUGUAAAACUUUCUAAGGUUGUGUAUGUUCCAAAUGAAUGGUAACGGACGAC